GUAAGAGAGAGAAAGAGAGCUGACAAAGUAUAGACGUCACCGCCCAUUUUCUCAAAUUUUCACCUGCUUCUUUCUCAUCUAGGAACUUCCCAACAACUGGGGUUGAUUGGUUUUUAUUUGCUGAUAGUAAACUUCAGAAAUCUCACUGAUUUACAGAAACAGCUGAGGCAAAAAACCCAAGAAAAAUAGCAGAAAAAGGAACAAGAUUUGAUAGUUUUGUUGUCUAACUUUGGCUUUGUGGCGAAGUUUGAGCCUUUUGCUAUAGACCCUUUUCGUUUCUUGAACUAAGAUACUACAUCUGAUUUGUUUUCCAAUCUGAAUUGAUCAUCCAAAAAGUUGGCGGUAGUCCACGAUGGCUGAUAUCAGUCCUAGUACAUCAACAGAUGCCGAUACGGAAGAUAAGAACAGGUUCCUAAAUUCUCAACAACUGGGUGCGGUAGCUUCUGACGGAAGUGACAGGACAAGAGAUCAGAAGACACUUCGUAGACUUGCCCAAAAUCGUGAAGCGGCUCGGAAAAGUCGUCUAAGGAAAAAGGCAUAUGUUCAACAGUUAGAGAGCAGCCGGAUGAAGCUGACACAACUAGAGCAGGAACUUCAACGAGCUCGACAACAGGGAAUAUUUAUUUCAGGUUCAGGAGAUCAAUCACAGUCGAUGAGCGGAAAUGGAGCUUUGGCAUUUGAUGUAGAAUAUGCCCGAUGGUUGGAAGAGCAGAACCGACGAAUUAAUGAGUUAAGGGGAGCUGUAAAUUCGCAUGCUGGUGAUGGUGAACUUCGCAUAAUUGUUGACGGUAUCUUGGCACACUAUGAUGACAUAUUCAGGAUAAAAGGGGAUGCUGCAAAGUCUGACGUUUUUCACAUAUUGUCGGGCAUGUGGAAAACUCCAGCAGAGAGAUGCUUCUUGUGGCUUGGUGGAUUCCGUUCGUCUGAACUCCUCAAGCUCCUCAUUAACCAGUUGGAGCCUUUAACCGAACAACAAUUAUUGGCAAUCAACAACUUGCAACAGUCAUCCCAACAGGCUGAAGAUGCUUUAUCCCAAGGAAUGGAGGCACUGCAGCAGUCUUUGGCUGAGACUCUGGCGGGGUCCCUUGGACCUUCAAGUUCCUCGGGGAAUGUUGCCAAUUAUAUGGGUCAAAUGGCCAUGGCGAUGGGGAAGCUCGGAACUCUCGAGGGCUUCAUACGACAGGCUGAUAACCUUCGGCAACAGACAUUGCAGCAAAUGCAUCGUAUAUUGACAACUCGCCAAUCAGCUCGUGCUCUCCUUGCGAUCAGUGAUUAUUUCUCUCGUCUUCGAGCACUGAGCUCUCUCUGGCUUGCUCGCCCCCGGGAAUAACAACUGCUUUCUUCUAAUACUUUGCUGUGAAAGAUUCUUGGUAACAUUUGUAAAUGAGAAACCUUCUUCUGGGAGAGCUACCGAGCUUUAACGGAUAUAAUUAUUAGAUUUUCAGGCGCCAGUUCUGUCCUUGUUUAUUUCUUGUAAUGGUAUUUGUAACGCUGUUUCAUUUUUAACUUUGAUAGACAUAAGCUGAUCAAUGAUUGUUGUAUUUUAGCUUGUCUAAUUGUUCCAGUUAGGUUAAUGAAAAGGACCCUGGCUGACUUCCCCUUCAAUUUUUGCAUUAUUAUUUAGCUGUUUUAUUUUCUUU